ACUCGCUCGACCUCGACCUCGCCCGUAGCCCCAUCCCCCCCCCAUCACUGUCUCUCCGCCCGCUACCGCCCGCUACCGUCCCAUCGCGCCGUCUCUCCCGCAUCCCUCGUCGACAUCAUCUUGCGCCGAAGCGCCGCCACGCCCGACACCGCGACGCCGCGACCCCACGGCCCCGAUCCUCGCCCCCGCCAAAUCGCUCGUUCUCGUCGUCCCUCCGCAAUUCCGUGACCGCCCUUCUCUUCCGUGUCGCCGUCGCCGCCGGUCGCCGCCCACACGUGCCUCCUGCCCGACCGCUUCCUUUGUCGCCGGAUUCGUCGGCGCCGACCACUCAGGAUGGGCAUUUGCAUGAGCAGUAACACCGAAGAUGCGGAGCAGAAGAAGCGCAGCCAGGCAAUUGACAGGAAGCUCGAGGAGGACUCGCGGCGGCUGCGGCGAGAAUGCAAGAUCCUACUGUUGGGCUCCGGCGAGAGCGGCAAGUCGACGAUAGUCAAGCAGAUGAAGAUAAUACAUCAGAACGGCUACACCGUGGAGGAGCUCUCAAUGUACCGGCUCACAAUCUACAAGAACGUCAUCGACUGCGCAAAGUCGCUCAUUGGAGCCAUGAGACAGUUCGAUAUUGCGCCGCAACUUCCAGGCAACUCCGAGUAUUGCGACUACCUCAUGGAGUACACGGUCGACCCGGAUCCCGAGAAACCGCUUGACUCCAAGGUUGGAACCGCCAUCAGCUCGGUGUGGCGAGACCCGUGCAUGCAGAAGGUGUUGGAGCGCUCCAGCGAGUUCUACCUGAUGGAUUCGGCGCCCUAUUUCUUCGACGAGGUCUCGAGGAUAGCCGCGCCCGAUUACAUCCCUAUCGAGUCGGAUGUCCUCCGCGCCCGCACGAAGACCACUGGUAUCUACGAGACGCGGUUUACCAUGGGCCAACUGAGCAUCCACAUGUUCGACGUGGGCGGCCAGCGAAGCGAGCGGAAGAAGUGGAUUCAUUGUUUCGAGAAUGUGACAUCCAUCAUAUUCUGCGUCGCGCUGAGCGAGUACGACCAAGUUUUGCUUGAGGAGAGCAGCCAGAACCGCAUGAUGGAAAGCCUGGUGCUUUUCGACUCCGUUGUCAACUCCCGAUGGUUCAUGCGGACCAGCAUUAUCCUUUUCCUCAACAAAGUGGAUCUUUUCAAGGCCAAGCUGGCCCGGUCACCACUCGGAAACUACUUCCCCGACUAUUCGGGUGGCAACGAUGUCAACCGCGCAGCCAAGUACCUCCUUUGGAGAUUCAACCAGGUGAAUCGGGCGCAUCUCAACCUCUAUCCGCACCUGACGCAAGCCACCGACACGUCGAAUAUCCGGCUAGUCUUUGCGGCCGUCAAAGAAACCAUUCUGCAGAAUGCGCUCAAAGACUCGGGCAUCUUAUGAUCGCCCUACGCUACCAUACCACGCUCCCCAUCCCACAAGCCUCUCCCGUCAAUCGCCGCAAACAAGAACCAUCUGUGCGCAGCCGCACCCCCUGGGCACAUCCUAAUACAAUCGCCACCGUACGGCCGAUAUACAUUACGAAACCAAUUUCGAUCUAGUCUUCCAUCAACAAAUGCGUUCACGGGUUUUCGAACGAGGGGUCCAGCAGAGCCUGCAAGCAUUGGAGUUCCAGGGCGUUUUUCGGGACCAAUUACCUGUGGGGAAAUUAAUAUGGCAGGGG